AUGCUGACUUAUGACGAUACUACAGCUAAUACGCCGAGCGUAUUUCACACCAUUGGGGUCCGUUCCAGGCCCGUGGCUGGCUCAAUUUACGUCCCUACCGUUGACGCUACAUGUGUUAAGGGCCGGCGUGUGCAAUACAUCCACCACCUGCACCAGAUCUACGGUCCAGUGGUUCGGACUGCCCCUAACGAGAUCGACGUGACUGAUCUUCAUGGUUAUCAUGCUAUCCACAAGAUUGGAAAUGGCAUCCGCAAGAGCGAGUGGUACCCGAGGUUCCGAACCGCUCAGGCGAAAGACCCUAUCUCGCCCUUUCUCGAAGCGUUAUUGGUGAGUGAGAAGGCUCAAUCGGCCGUUCAAAAGGUGAAAGCCAAGGGUGUGUGCGACCGAUUCGAAUGGUGGACAUACUACACAGUGGAUGUGAUCGGAAGAAUCGCUUUCGGCGAGUCCUUUGGCAUGCUUGAGCUAGGCAAGAAGACGGAGUUUAUCCAAAUGUUUGAAAAUUUCGCCAUGAUUGGCAUACUCCGGUCUGAGUUUCCCACCCUAUAUAGACUGAUCUGCCUCAUACCAAGUUUUAUAUACGACAUCAAUCGAGAUGAGAAGACGAUCAUUCGGCAUGACAGAGAGAUCAUAGACCGGGCGAAGGAAGGCUCUAUUGAUAGGAGGACCGUAUUCACAGGCUUUCUCACCGAAACAGAAAUUAAUGAGACUGUAAUCCCGAGAGACAGCAUUGUCACUGAAGCUACUGGCCUGGUUGGCGCUGGGGGUAGGACGACAAGCGUCACAUUGACUUACCUGGUAUGGGCCGUUUUGUCAAACCACCGGAUACAAGAAAAGCUCGAGGAGGAAGUCGCCACCCUUCCUAGCGAUUUUACCGACGCAGAGCUGGAAGCCCUCCCAUAUAUGAAUGCCGUUAUCGAAGAGACCUUGAGGACAUAUGGGCCGGUUCCUGGGGCCCUUCCUCGCGUCGUGUCCGAAGCAGGUUUGCACACUUCUGGCCAUUUCAUCCCACCAGGGACCAUCGUGUGUACUCAGUCAUAUAGUAUGCACCGCAAGUCCGAGAUCUACUCGAAUCCAGAAUGUUUUGAACCUGAGAGAUUUCUACGAAAAGACUAUGCUGGACAAGAAGAGAGAUCCGCCUUUGCAGCAUUUGGAGCUGGAUCUCGCACCUGUCUAGGAGUACAUCUUGCUUACAUGGAACUUCGCAUGGCGGUUGCGUUACUCUUUCGGGAAUGUGCUGGUGCACGAUUGGCCCUUUCGUCUCCCGAUGAUAUGGACAUGGUCAACUUUCUUCGGCAAAACAGCAGUAUAAAGAACCUUGACCGGACAAUUAUUCUGAACGUAUCAACGGCCGAUGAAAAACAAAAAUGGAAGGGAGAACCUAAGUCAGCAGACUUAGCUGUCGACCCCAUAGAGAAAGAAAUCGACAUUUACACCUGGGAGCAGAAUCGCGAGGAAUAUCUGGAGAAGAACUGGAAAGGCCAAGUUCCAUUGUUACUUGGCCCUCAAUCUGUCAAGUUGGAUGACAGCCUAGAUAUCACCAGAUUUCUCAGCGAGAGAUAUCCUCAGCUGCUACCCAGCGCUCAUCGUGACAGCAUCAAUGAAUUGUUGAACGAACUGCACCAAGUGUGGUUUGUAAGCCUUUCAUUCACCGCAGAAGAUGGCCGAUCCGAAGGUCUCGUCAAGAUGAUUCUGCAUCUGAUCGAAGAGCCAACGACCUCCGAAAAGUACAAGACCGCUUUACAGAGGAAAUUGCAAUUGCCAAACCCGCAUGCUCCGGAAAUAGUAGUGCGAGAAGAGCAAAAGGCGCAAGUAUAUUUGAACAGGAUUGCGGAUGUCAUGUUGGAGCAUAACGUCGGACGCAAGAGCACGUGGAUCUUUGGCGAUGAUGCCGGACCCACCGCGUUGGACGCUCAUACUGUGGUCUUUAUAGCCCGCUUCAUUGAUGCUGGUCGCACCAAUUUGAUCGGCGAUGAUAUGUUGUCAUAUGGGAUCCAGCACCUGAAGGGAACGUCCCAUGAACCCGUCAACAACCGGUCCAACAAAGUUCGAGACCACAGCUUUGUCUCCAAACUGUUGGCACAAUGGAGGAUUCGUCGAGACGCGUACCGAGAAUAA